AUGUCUUCCAAGUCCAAGGAAGGACAGUCCUCCGGUGGCUUCCACCAGGAAUACAUUGCCUCUCUACGUUACCGCAAUGAUCUGCCUCCCCCAGAUAUGCCCCCGAAACUCCUCGACAUCCCCCACGAGGGCUUGAGCCGGUUCCUCACCCCCGGGUUCGCAUCGAACCUGGCCCGUCGCGAGGAGCCCAACAUUGAAGCCGAUGCCGAGGGCGGAAUGCCGAUUGACCUAGUUGGUAUUCCAGGAUUGCACCUGGGCGACGAGAGCGCUAUCAUGGCCCCCGAGAACCCUCAGCCCAUCGACCCCGCGGACCUACCACUUCUGAUGACCAUUGAACAACUCCGUAACCCCGCCCCGAAGAAUGCCAACGUCAGUUUCCUUCGGCGUACACAGCAUAUCGGAGUCGACCGCGGUGCGGGAAGUGAAUCCCACGCUGCGCCCGUGAAGCCACAACCGCGCAAUACCAGGAAAAAGCCCACCGUCGAUGAUCCGAAAUACGUUAAAAAGUUCAUUCAAAAGGGCUUCGACAUUGCUUAUCCGCAGAGCAAGCACACCGGGGAGGACACUGACAGCCACAUCCGAGGACUUGCUCCUACGAAGGCAGAAGUGGACGCCUGGGCUAAUCCCGUUCACCCCGAAAACGCGAAAAGGAAGCCUGUAGGAUUCUUCCCUGUCUUGCCUGAUCUGGAGGGAUUCCCAGACCCCGGUGGCUAUCUUCAAUUCAAGUUUGACAAGGCGCCACUGGCAGCCGUCGGAGGCAAACGAGACAAGCGCAUGGAUGUCGGACUUAUGGCCCCAAUCGCUCCCGAGCAGCGCAUCUGCCAGGAACAUGACAACAAAAUGAAACUCCACCAAAAGAAUCCCAAUCUUUACCCCGACCCAGGACCGCUUCCCUAUGAUUACCAACUUUUCCUCCCAGAGAAGCAACAACACGUCAAAAACAUCUAUGCAAACAUGGAUCUGGUCAAUCCAAACCGCGACAGCGAGGAUCUCUACAACAGCGAGACUGCCGAGGGCAGCAAGUUCCACCGUUACGAUCGUGUUCGCACGUAUGCUACAAGCAAUCAGACCUUCAACCAAGAACAAAAGGACCUUGCAUUGACGCUAUUCGAGCCGAAGGAUGGCGACACCAGACAAUUGGCCGCUUACUACUAUUCAAUUAUUGGUAAGACCCGUCUCAAGCCCGAGCGCGCUCGUACCAUUGCGCAGGCCGGCCUUGCUCCCACCUCUACCCAACAAGAGGAGCGAGAGGAGCAAGUCGACCAGAUGCAAGUCGUUGUUCGGGACCCCAAUGAUGCAGAGGUAUAUAAGCGCGCUUUGUCACGUCUGCGCAUUGAUCCCAAAUUUGAAAGCGAUAUGCCGCCUGAGCCAGUCAUUCAAGACGAAGAGCAACAUGAGGAUGACGAGAAGCCGGCUGAAGAGGAUACUCACAUGAGCGAUGAUGAGUAG